AGGAGAUGACCAGAGACUGCAGACAUAGUACAGGAGAUGACCAGAGACUGCGGACGUAGUACAGGAGAUGACCAGAGACUGCGGACAUAGUACAGGAGAUGACCAGAGACUGCGGACAUAGUACAGGGGAUGACCAGAGACUGCGGACACAGUACAGAUGACCAGAGACUGCAGACAGUACAGGGGAUGACCAGAGACUGUGGACAUAGUACAGGAGAUAACCAGAGACUGCAGACAGUACAGGGGAUGACCAGAGACUGCGGACAUAGUACAGGAGAUGACCAGAGACUGUGGACAGUACAGGGGAUGACCAGAGACUGUGGACAUAGUACAGGAGAUGACCAGAGACUGCAGACAGUACAGGGGAUGACCAGAGACUGCGGACAUAGUACAGGAGAUGACCAGAGACUGUGGACAUAGUACAGGAAAUGACCAGAGACUGCGGACAUAGUACAGG